AAUGUUCUAGGAAAAUAAUAAAAAAAAAAACAUUAAGAUCUGGAAAUAAAAUUUCAAUAUAUAUCCCUUAGUCCUACGUCAGGAUUUGCAGAUCGUCUUCCUCUGUCAAUUCUCAAACUUUCAGGCUUCAGCUGCACCGAUAACUCCUUCCGUUCAAUUCCUCAACAGAGAAGCGUUUGUAACAUAUCGAAAAACCUUGGAUUGCGAAUCCAAGAACGUACAGGCCUGAACGUGGAUUCUGUUUGGUUCCGAGAGAGUCAUGAACGCGAGAAGGGAACUCCGCAACAAUAGAGUUGCUCUCUUUGAUGGCAUUGAGGAGGGUGGCGUCAGGGCCUCACCUUCCUACUCCUCCCAUGAAAUUGAGGAGCAUGAUAAUGAAGCAGCAUUGGAAGGCUUGCAAGACAGAGUCCUCCUGUUGAAGAGGUUGACAGGUGACAUAAAUGAGGAGGUGGAGAGUCACAACCGCAUGCUUGAUAGGAUGGGUAAUGAUAUGGAUUCAUCAAGAGGAGUGUUGUCAGGCACUAUGGAUCGAUUCAAGACGGUAUUUGAUCCCAAGUCGAGGCCGAAGAUGUUCUCACUAGUCGCACUUUUUGUGACAAUUUUCUUCAUCGUGUACUAUCUCACAAGGUAAUCCCUCCCCCAUUUGGGUAUCGAAAGAACUUGAGCAUUGCCUAGAAGUCGAUGAAUCACUUUUGGUGCUUAGUUCUAUCAGUAUUGUUACUUGUUAAGUUUGGGAUAGAUGUUCUGUUGAUGGUUUGUGUGAAUAUGUUUUCUUGUACCAAAUUAAAGUUGAAUGAGUUUGAAAACCAAAUAUCAUCUGCUGCUCUCCCUUCAGCUGAUAUUGUUGAUGGUGAGAGAUAUAUAAUCAGCAAACCAGUUUGUUAAUUGAGAGUUUAGUAUCUCUGCCUUCCCUAUAUUCUCUAUUUGAUUCAAAUCCAAUUUACCAUUUUAUUAUCGAUCUCAAA